GCGCAUUCGACUUCCCAAACCAUUAGAAUGUUACUUAGAAGUAUAGGUCGAGUCACUAAAACACCAGUCCUGCGACAUGUUGGGCCUCCAAUGUGGACUAGGUUCAAGUCGAGUGAUAUACCUAAGAACAAUGGGAACUUGAAUAAUGACUCAAAGGCAGUUUCCAAGAAAGAAACUCAAGAAAUUGGUGAGUUCAAAGUAAAAUCUACAUCAUCUCUGGCAGCACCAGCACCUUUGGAAAACUCCCAGGUAUCAAAGUUCAUGAAGAAGAACACAAAACCCUAUAUUCCCAAGCUAAAACAUGAACGACUCACGUACGAGUAUCCGGGACUUCCAAAUCAAGAUGAUUUCACCAAACAGUCAAAAGAAGGUAAAAUCAAACCCAUAAAAAGAUACACCAGAUACAUCCCACACAUGAUUACGGCGGUGGUAUGUGUUUGGGUCGGGUAUACCAUCAAAGUGUGGGUGUAUCCCCCUGAUGAAGGGGCUGAUUCGGUUGAGUUGCUUGAUCCUGAAUCCUUCCAUAAGUUUGUCAUAACUCAUAAACAGCAGAUUGACAAGGACCAUUAUUUGAUUGAAAUAGCCCCCCGAUUUAAGCACUGGCAGUAUAGCUUUUACACAGACUACUCUCAGAAGUCUAUCUGGGGAGGCGAUAGGAUUUGGUCGGUAGAAGUGAAACAGCCCCAGAUCAUGGUGGUGAGAUCAUAUACUCCUCUACCUCUCUAUUUCAUGAAGUCAGAGUACACCAGAUCGGGGGAAAGAGAACCAUUAUUGAAGGUGAUCACCCCAAAUUCAAAUGACUAUGAUCACGGUGGAGUAAUGACUCUUUACGUGAAGAAAUAUGACGAUGGUGAGGUUUCCAAGUACAUUACCAACAAGAAUGUAGGUGAUGAAUUGGAGUUGAGAGGCCCACAUAUCGAGUAUAAGUUCCCAUACCACCCGUUGUCCAAGCUUCAUGAAAGACCUGUUUUUAAGGAUUUACCUUCUAAAGUGGAACCUGAAAUUUAUGCUGACAAGUUAAAGCUUGUGAACAAUCUUCCUGACUACGAUAACUUGACAUUUUUUGCUGCUGGAACCGGAAUUGCCCCUGUGUUACAAGUGUUGAUGUCCAAGAAUCCUUACAGAGGAUUUAUAACCGUCCACUACUCGGCCAGAGGUCCAAAUGAGAUAGAGCCUUUGGAACGGUUUAUGUUUUUUCUCGAGAAAUUGGAUAGAGUCAAGUUUAUUCGCCAUUAUGAUUCUGAACAGACAUUCUUAACUGGGAAAGACAUCUUGAAGCCCGAACCUUCUAACUAUCUUAGUCCUAUGAGAAAAGAAAAGAUUCAGAAGUUAAAUGAACUCACGGCUGAAGAUGCUUUGAAGUUACGUAAAAGUAUCUUGGAUAAUGACAAUGACACCAAGGUGGAUGAAGAACUCGAGAAAAAAUUAGAGCAGUUCGAUAAAACUAUCGUUCAUUACGGAUCAGCUAUUGAACAAGCUAAAGUUACUAGCAAACAACCCAAAAAACUGUCUAGUCUUGCAGUAGUCUGUGGCCCAGACGGUUACGUGGACUAUGUUGCUGGGCCAUUGGAUAAAGUUGCCAAUGAACAGGGAGAAGUUAAAGGACUCCUUGGCCAGAAAGAAUGGAACAAUGCCAAUACUUUUAAAUUAUCGAAUUAGAUUAAUACUUGUACAUACUAAAAUAAUAGACAUCACAAUAACCCUAUUUUUUGAGCAAAAUAUGUCAAGAUUCUUUGUGAGUCUCUUAAUUGACUGCAGUUGAGUAUAACUUCCUUCAAUAACUCAUGCUUAUCCAAACCACAGAUUUUGGGAUCCCAGGUUGUCUCGAUUAUUUCAUCUUCAUCUUCAUCUUCCUCUGCAGCUUCCGGACCUAGAAGUUGGCUGCAAAUUUCGAACACCUUCGCUUUAAGUCCCAACUCGCAAAUUCGUUUCACGUAGGAGAUGAAGAACUCAUGAAAAUCCUUCUUUUCUCCUAGUAUUUCACAGCAUAGAAUUCGGUUUUCCAAAUGACUCACAGAUAUAGUGUUUUCAAGAUUCUCGAAGCCUUCCUUCAUCAUC